AUGCUCGAGGUGCUGGUGCUGAAGAUUGAAGAUCCAGGUUGCUUCUGGGUUAUUAUAAAAGGAUGUGGUCACUUUUUAGAUCAAGAAGUUGACUAUCAAAAACUAAAUAGUGCAAUGAAUGACUUCUAUAACAGCAUGUGUCAAGACAUAGACAUAAAACCACUAAUGUUGGAAGAAGGGCAGGUGUGCGUGGUGUACUGCCAGGAGCUGAAGUGCUGGUGCAGGGCCGUGAUCAAGGCCAUCGUCUCUUCUGCAGACCACUACCUGGCAGAGUGCUUCCUCGUGGAUUUUGCCAAGUAUAUUCCAGUAAAAUCAAAAAACAUUCGAGUGGCAGUAGAAUCUUUUAUGCAGCUUCCUUAUAGAGCAAAGAAAUUUCGACUUUAUUGCACGAAACCUGUGACAUUACAUGUUGACUUCUGUGAAGACAAUGCUGAAAUUGUGCCUGCUGCGAAGUGGGACAGCGCUGCCGUGACGUACUUUCAGAGCGCUCUGAAGGCAGCUACUCAGGUGGAAGCCACGCUGUGCGCCGUUGAAGAGGAUACUUUCGAAGUUUACCUUUAUGCAACAAUAAGAAACGAAAAAGUUUGUCUUAAUGAUGAGCUGGUUGCAAAGAACUUCGCUUACUAUGUGUCACCCACAAAGAGUGAAAACCUCAGUUCUUUGGAAAAACCAAGGUUCAGUAUAAAGUCACCAUCCUUCUCUAAUCAGCCCAACCCAGCAUUUACUCUAUGGCCUAUGCUCUUUCAAGGAAUACAAAGCUUGCGUGGCGUGGGUUUUCCGGCACCGUCUCUGCAGCGCACGUGGAGCAGGAGUCAUGGUGCCCCGGGACCGCCUGCGGCCCUGCUGGAUAAAGAUGUAAAAUCUAAUGAGGAUUCAUUGAGACACUCACCAAAAAAAUUUCUUAAAAAGAAGCAGGAAUGUAUUUCUUUUAAACAAGUAAAUAAGUGUGUUGACUCUUCAUUGUACUGGCCAACCAAAAGAGGUGUGACCAUAUAUGCUGAUCCAGAUAUUCCAGCAGCAAGUGCUUUUAGUCAGAUGCAAAACAAGAAGCCACUUCAGUCCAUUGGGAAGAAGGACUGUGAUGAGAAGAAUGGCUGUGUAAAAUUGCUGCAGUUUUUAAAUCCUGAUCCUCUGAGAGCUGAUGGGAUCUCUGAUCUGCAACAGUUGCAGAAGCUGAAACUAGGUGCGCCUCAGCCUGGUGUCGUGCUCCGGAACAAAAUUGAGCCCUGCCUGACCGUGGACAGGUCACCGCUGUCUCCAGACCUGAAGAAGGCUCUUCAAAGAAAUAAGUUCCCAGGACCCAACCACACUGAGUCUUACUCUUGGCCUCCCAUUGCACGUGGCUGCGAUGCGGUCAUCAUUUCUCACUGUGGGAAUGACCCGCUGUUAUAUCUUCCCCCGCUGCUCACAGUUUUGCAAAUAAGGGGCUGCUACGAGUCAUUGCCAAGUAGAAAUGGACCUCUUGCAGUCAUCGUGUGUCCUGGGUGGAAAAAGGCCCAGUUUAUCUUUGAGUUAUUGGGAGACUAUAGCAUGUCCUCCAGGCCUCUUCACCCGGUGCUGUUAACAAUUGGACUUCACAAAGAUGAAGCCAAAAACAUGAAGCUUCCAAAGGGGUGUGAUGUGAUCAUCACAACCCCACAUAGCCUCUUGAGACUACUCACAUAUCAAAGCUUGCUGUUUCUUAGACUCUGUCACCUGGUUCUGGAUGAGGUGCACGUAUUGUUCUGUGAAGCUAACGAGCAAAUGUUUGCCAUACUUUCUAACUUUAAGAAAAAUGUGGAGGUUGAAGACCGGGAGUCUGCACCCCACCAGAUCGUAGCAGUGGGCGUUCACUGGAACAGACAUGUCGAACAUCUUGUCAGAGAGUUUAUGAAGGAUCCUUACAUCGUGAUCACCGCCCCGGAGGAGGCUGCUCUCUACGGCAGCGUCCAGCAGGUAGUGCAUCUUUGCCUAGAAUGUGAAAAAACCUCUACUUUACUCCAAGUUCUUGAUUUUGUUCCAAGCCAGGCCCAAAAGACUUUGAUCUUUACCUGCUCUGUGGCUGAGACAGAAGCUGUGUGUAAGGUAGUAGAAAGCAACUCAGUGUUUUGCUUGAAAAUGCAUAAAGAAACGACUUUUAACUUAAAAAGUACUUUAGAACAGUGGAGAAAGAAGCUGAGCUCUGGUUCUCACAUUGUAUUAGCGCUGACCGACGACUGCGCCCCGCUGCUGGCCGUCACCGACGCCACCCGCGUGGUUCACUUCAGCUUCCCCGCCUCGCCAAAAGUCCUUGGUGAACGCCUGUAUUGCAUGUCUGACCAUUUUCAGAGUUUAACCGAACAGGGUUCUCCUGCUGAACAGGGAGGUAAAAAAACCAAAUCUGUCUUGCUGCUGACGGAAAGAAAUGCAAGCCAAGCUGUUGGCGUCCUGCGCUACUUGGAGCGAGCAGAUGCCAAAAUCCCGUCAGAGCUGUAUGAAUUUGCUAAAGGGGUUCUAGAAGCCAAGGAAGACAAGAAAGCCGGAAGACCGCUGUGCCCAUAUCUUAAGGCUUUUGGCUUUUGCAAAGACCAAAGGACCUGCUCUGACCGGCAUCGCAUCAGUCCAGAAGUGGACAUGCCAAGGAGAUUAUCCAACCAGGUCCUGCCAGGGUUUGGGCAUGUUAGGAUAAUUCCUUUUUAUAUUUCAAAUGCAACAAAUUACUUGGGUCGUAUCAUUGAUAAACAUACAGACCUUUAUGCAACUCUUACUGCGGAAAUGAAUGAAUAUUUUAAGGAUUUCAGUAAUAAAACAGCUGCUGAAAAAGUGGAGAAAUCUGGAUUUUAUGCAUUAGAAGAAAAGACACUUUUCUACAGGGUUCAGGUGCUGGAGAUGAGCCAGAAGGAAGACAGCUGGGGUUUAGGGAGUGUCCUGGUGCAGUUCAUCGACGAAGGCAGGACCAGGCCCGUUGCCAGAGACCAGCUGCUGGCACUCCCCGAGAAGUUCCGAGCGCUGCCCCCGCAGGCUGUGGAGUUCAUUGUGUGUAGGGUAAAACCUGCUGACAGUGAAAUCGAGUGGAACCCAAAGGUUACCAGAUACAUUCAUCAUAAAAUUGUUGGGAAAUUGCAUGAUGCAAAAGUUGUGCUGGCUUUGGGAAAUACAGUUUGGAUUGAUCCAAUGGUUCAUGUUACAAAACUUCCAAAUCUGAAAACUUCUGUCAUUGAUUACAAUGUUCGAGCUGAGGUUUUGUCUAUGGGAAUGGGUGUUGAUAAUUCAGAGCACAUAGACCAGCUGAGACAGCUGUGCAAGGAAGCGGAAAUGCCAGCGUUCGAAGAACUUCUCGACCCGACUCUGACACCUGCAAUAGAAGAUGCCACACGUCCACACAGCGCUCAGCAAGGGAAUGGGGAUGCAGAAAGAAAGACUGACUCUGGGACAGACUCAGACAACCAAGAGCCCGAAACUUUAUGUGAAGAUACUGGAGAUUCUUCUAUUAGCAGAAGCACACAGCCACAUUUGAAAAGCUUCCAUCCACAAAUAAAGUGGUUCCAAACAGAUGAUGCUGUCAUCUUAAAGAUACGAAUAAGAAAUGUCAAAGAAUAUAAGUGUAACUAUCUUAGAGAUCGAGUCAUUUUCAGUGCCUGGGUGGGAGACAAAUUUUACUUGGCUGACUUGGAGCUGCAGGGCACCGUAAGAAAAGACGACUGCAGGUGCACGAUGAGAGACGACGAGCCUCGAAUCACGCUUGCAAAGGAAAGGAGGGAGUCUUGGCAUGGCUUACUCAAACAUAAGAACCCUAAUGUGGCUUUUGACUUUGAUCACUGGGAGGAAAGUGAAGAGGAAAGCCCCUUCUCUAGAGUUGUCAGCUCUAAAAGCCUGUUGUACAACGUGGUGGAGACGGCUGAGGCAAGCAGCUCCUCCUCAGACACUACUGACGAAAGGGACAGUGCAUGAGGAGCUACGACGGCCAAAGAUGGACUCAGCUGGAACUGGAAGUUGAGAAAGAAGCGAUCCUAAUGAACCUUUCUCACCUGGAGGGUGAAGCAUUACUGUCAUCUGUGGCACUGGGAUGGGUAGUGGUGCGAAAUUCUUAAUUGACUUAAAAGAGCUUAAUGAGCCAGGCGUGGUGGCGCAUACCUUUAAUCCCAGCACUUGGGAGGCAGAGGUAGGAGGAUCAUGGUGAGUUCAAGGCUACCCUGAGACUACAUAGUGAAUUACAGGUCAGCCUGGGCUAGAAUGAAACCUUGCCUUGAAGAAACAAAACCAAAAAGUUUAAUGAUAAGAUUGUCAUAGGAGGAAGAUGGUGGGAUCUGGAAUCAGAAAUGAAAAAUGUAGGGGACACCUGUCAUUUUUAGCACUCAAGCUGAGACAGGAUGGUCACAAGUUUGAGGCCAUCCUGGGCUAGAUAGGGAGAUCCCAUCUCAAAAACCCAACAAAGGCAGAGCUAGAGAGAUGGCUUAG